GGCGCGCGGCCUCCCACAGCGAAGGCGCAGCACAGGCACCGUGGCUAGUAGCCCCUGGCUGCCGCACCCUCCGUGCCUUUGGCUAAUGCUCGCUCCGAGCCGUCCGAGUGAUUCGCGGCUGCUUGUGGGAGCGAAUUCCGACGGUGGAGCAUCGCCCGGGGCUCCUGCCCGAGGAGUCUGCAGUGGAACUCGCCCGGGGAGCAAAAGCAAGAGCACCGCCUGCCUGUCCGGAGCCUGUCCGCCCCGUGCGCCGCCUCCUCCUGCUCGAGGAGGGGCAGCGUCGAGGGGUCCCCCCGCCUCCCCUCCGCCGGCCGCCCUGAUUGGCUGCUCCGCGCCUUUAGCGCCUCCGCGCAGCGCCGCGCCCGGGCAGAGCAGAGCCGGCAUCGCGGAGGGUAGCAGCCGCUGCCACCGUCGCGGCGCCAGUAGCAGCUGGAGACGGGCCUUCGCGGGAGGAGGAGGAGGAGGAAAGUUGCCUGCAGGAGCAAAAGCUGGCGGAGCCUUCCAGGGAUUGGGUUUUGUGGCUGAACGCACUCAUCCCUUGACACCUCCUUGCCUCUGCUUGGGCGCCUAUUUCCUGAGAAGUUUGCAGGAUUGCUGGUCAUUUGAAGGGUUCAUACACCCAAAAGGAUACCUUCGUUGCCAGACGCCGCUUCAACUCUGGGCGGUAUUUCCAGAGAUUCUUUUGCUUGCUAUGGAGAAAUAUGAAAAAAUCAGCAAGAUUGGUGAAGGCUCCUAUGGGGUUGUGUUCAAGUGCCGCAACAGGGACACAGGGCAGGUUGUUGCCAUCAAGAAGUUCCUGGAAUCUGAGGAUGACCCUGUUAUUAAAAAAAUUGCACUUCGAGAGAUCCGGAUGUUAAAGCAACUGAAGCACCCCAACUUGGUCAACCUCUUGGAGGUCUUCCGCAGGAAAAGAAAGCUUCACUUGGUCUUUGAAUACUGUGACCACACGGUCCUCCACGAACUGGACAAGAACCCACGAGGGGUCCCAGAGCAUCUUGUGAAAAGCAUAACUUGGCAAACCCUCCAAGCAGUGAACUUUUGCCACAAACACAAUUGCAUACACAGAGAUAUUAAGCCAGAGAACAUCCUCAUAACAAAGCAUUCUGUCAUCAAACUCUGUGAUUUUGGAUUCGCUCGCAUUCUAACUGGGCCCAGCGACUACUACACGGAUUAUGUGGCUACUAGGUGGUACCGUUCCCCUGAGCUGCUCGUGGGGGACACCCAGUAUGGCCCCCCUGUGGACGUCUGGGCCAUCGGCUGCGUCUUUGCCGAGCUGCUCUCUGGUAUCCCUCUGUGGCCUGGGAAAUCCGACGUGGAUCAACUUUACCUGAUCCGAAGGACACUGGGUGAUCUCAUUCCCAGGCACCAGCAAGUCUUCAGCUCAAACCAAUUCUUCAGCGGCGUGAGAGUGCCAGACCCAGAAAGCAUGGAGCCUCUAGAAAUGAAAUUCCCAACUAUUUCCUACACCGCCCUGGGACUCAUGAAGGGCUGCCUCCACAUGGAUCCUGCUGAGCGGCUGACUUGCGAGCAGCUCCUUCAGCAUUCUUACUUCGACUGCAUCCGAGAGGUCGAGCUUGGGAGGGAGCGUGAAAGAUCCAUCACUCGGAAACCGAACCGGCCAACUCGAAAGCACUUUCCUGGGUUACAGUACCUUCCCCAGUUAACCAGCAGCAACAUUUUACCUGCUUUGGAUAACAAGAAAUACUAUCGCAGCAACAGAAAACUGAACUACCGUUUCCCAAACAUCUAAAAAGAAAAGUGGGUGUUGUGGCUAAGUCGGAUUUACCAUUGACAGUCUUGACGUCUUCACAGCCUUGAAGGGAGAUCUGAAAGAGACAGGGAAUUAUAUUCUGUUGGUGUCCACCGAAGCACACCGUGAGGUGACCGUAAACAUUGGAAAGAAAAUAGCUGUGCAGAGAGAGACAGAGUCAACGGAAGGUGUGCAACUUCUUGAGGCUCAGUAGAUAACACAUCUGUUUGGGAUUUGGGGGGGGGAAUUGUGAUUGUAUUGGUAUUGUUUGGGAUUGAUCAAAAACUCAUGUUUACUCUGAGGGAACAGGAAUAAUUUCCUCCGCUUUUACUCUGAGGGAAUAGGAAUAAUUUCCUCCGCUGCGUGUAUGGCUGCUGUUGGGAGUGGGAGGUGGAUCCACCUCUGCGAAAUACAUUUCACUCACAAAAUCCCAUUGUGUCAAAGCUGGAGAGAAAAUCUUUGUUCUUAUUUGGAUGUGUAGUUAGUGGCAUCAGCUGGCUGAUGCUGCAAGCACAUCUGUACAAGUGGAGCGCUGGCUUUGUGUUCCAAGUCUGAGAGGGAGAAGUCCCUCUUUCAGAUCCUGUUUCAAAUCUUGCCUCAACCACAGUUUUAACACAGGGUGGUUAACAAUCAAUUAUUUCCCUCUCUACCUUUUUAAAACUGGAUGUUUCUCUUUGAAUUAUAGUGUUUCUUCCUACAACAACCUGGUUUAAAAUGAAAUCUGAAUAAGCCUAUUUUGCCUUCAUAUAUGCUUUCAGUUUUAAGAGAUGGGUGUACUAUUGCACAUUAUCUCAUUUUUUGAUCAGGUAACCUCCUUGGUAGACUGUGGGAAUGCUGUGGACGUAAAAGUGCCCCAUGAUAUUCUGAUUAGCAAGCUAGCUAAAUGUGGGCUGGAUGGAACAACUAUCAGGUGGGUUGGCUCCAGAAUUGUAGUCAAAGAGUGCUUAUCAAGGGUUCCUUCUCAAACUGGGUGGAAGUAACGAGUGGGGUACCGCAGGGCUCAGUCCUGGGUUCAGGGCUCUUCAACAUUUUUAUUAAUGGAUGAGAAGGUGCAGAGAAUGCCUAUCAAAUUUGUGGAUGAUACAAAAUUGAGAGGGACAGGACAGCUAAUAUCCUGGAAGACAGAAACAAAAUUCAAAGGGAUCUUGAUAGGCUGGAGCAUUGGGCUGAAAACAAUGGAAUGAAAUUUAACUGGGAUAAGUGCAAAAUUCUACAUCUAGGAAAAAAGAGACCAAAUGCAGUUUUAAGAUGGGGGAUACUUGGCUUAGCAAUACUACAUGCAAGAAGGAUCUUGGAAUUUUUGUUAAUCAAAAGCUGAAUAUGAGCCAACAGUGUGAUGUAGCUGCAAAAAAGGCAAAUGCUAUUUUAGGCUGCAUUAACAGAAGUAUAGUAUCGAAAUUGCAUGAAGUAUUAGUUCCCCCAUACUCGGCACUGGUUAGGCCUCAUCUUGAGUACUGCAUCCAGUUCUGGACACUGCACUUUAAGAAGGAUGCAGACACUGGAACGAGUUGAGGAGGGCAAUGAGGAUGAUCAGGGGACUAGAAACAAAGCCCUAUGAGGAGAGACUGACAGAACUGGGCAUGUUUAGCCCUGAGAAGACUGAGGGGAGAUUUGAUAGCACUCUUCCAGUACUUGUGACACAGAGGAGGGACAGAGGGGUGCAAGACACAGAAUAAUAGGUUCAAGUUGCAGGAAGCCGGAUUUCGACUGAACAUCAGGAAAAAUCGCUAAUUGUUAGAGUGGUACUAUAAUGAAACCAAUGACCUAGACAGGUGGUGGGCUCUCCAACACUGGAGGCCUUCAAGUGGCAGCUGCAGGUAUACUUUCUGACUUGGAUCCCUGCAUUGAGCAGGGGGUUGGACUUGAUGGCCUUAAAGGCCCCUUCGAACUCUAUUGUUCUGUGACUGGACCAUGGGGCAAAAUCUCUGACUUCUGAGGCUUAGCAUUAAAAAUGUCUAGGGAUUUUUUUUAUAUUCACCUUUAAAGGUGAACCUCCUCAAUUCACACUUUCCAACGCAAUAUGCGAACCAAAACACAACUAUCCUUUGAAAUUCACAAUUCUCUGAAGUUUGCAAUGCAGUUCUGUAGCCAAGGCGUGUACAUAAAUAUAUAUACUAGAAUAAAGUAUGUAUAUAAAUGCAUAUUUUAAUGAAAAUAACAUACUAAAUGCGUUAUAAGGGAAAAUUGCAUGCAAAAAUUAGUAUAUUGGGAGAAAUUAGCUAUAAAAUGUUGAUUAAAUUUCAUGAGGUCUUUAAAAAAAAAACACCCACAAACUAACUUAGAAAUGUGGAGAACUGAACUUAAGACUGAAAAAAUGAGAAACCAAAAUUGGUAAGAUUGCAAGAUCAGCUCUCUGCAAAACCAUUUCACCUGGUUGAUACAAACUGUAGCCACGAUUUGAAUUGCCGUAUUUAUGGUAAAGGAUGGUCAGAUUUUCCCUGGUAUAAACCACUGUCUCUAAUGCUUGUGUAGUAAACAUCAUAUUGGUCUGAAUUAUUUGUAGUUCAUUCU